GAGAAGAACAGCCGUAUGGAUUUAAAGCUGUUGUCACUGAAGCGAUUUUUAAAUAUAAGCAGUAUUUUAAAUAUUUUCACUGUUAAUUAAAAGAGGUGUUUUGCAUGCUUUAGAAAGGAUGAUGGAGCUGUGUUUAUAUGAUAUGAACACAUGUAAGAUGUCUUCAUAUGAUCAUAUGUCUUUGGGUGAGAUCCUCCGUAUUCAGGAUCAACCUGUGAGUGAAGAGCAGGCGUGGGCUUUGUGCUAUCAACUUUGUACUUUACUAUCACAUCACUCCGGUCAUCAAACAUGGGACAGUGUUGUCUUACCUGCCGAAGAUGGUGUUUUAUUUUCCAGGGACGGAAACAUCUCUCUUCGUGUGAUAAAUACAGACAUCGGUACAAAUUUUAUAAUGGAGACAGAGGAACAGGCAGUAGAGUUUGUGGGGCGUCUUGUCUACUCAUGUCUGGACUGGGGUCUGGAGACGCAGGUUGAGCGUGAAUUGAGUGAGAGGUUAGAGAUCCUAGUGUGUCAGAUGACCAAAGUGAGCCAUUGUGCUGGUGACUCCUUUCAGCCCAUAUGCACCAUCUCUGAUGUCAUCCAGGUUUGUAAGCUUCGCCUGUAUGAUCCCAGUCAUGCAUCACAGCAUUACAAGAGUGUGUGUUCCACUCUGUUUUUGCACACCCUUGAUUUGUGUCAUUAUCUCCAGAUUGUUCAACAAUCCAGGGAGAGUCUCCAGAAACUUUUUAUUGAAUCAGAGACCAAGCUAGUUGCAGACAUGACAGCAGAUUGGGGAUCUGAAUGGAAGGAUCUAGUGGAUGAACUGAGAAGGGGUGUAGAGCUGCGGCCAUUAGCAAAGAGCCUGAAUGUAACCAAAUGUCCAUUGCCAGUGGAGACCACUGCAUUUAAGCAGCUUCUGCUAGACAUCCAGUAUAGGAGAUACACACUUCGUAAAGUUCAGAGCGUUAAUAAUGGCCCAAAAAAGCAAGACCCUUACCAUACCCUCUUAGAAUCCAUCCGCUCACAGCCAAAACUGCGACCGGCCUCUGAGCGCAAGAUUGGAUCAAAGCCCGAAGAGCUAACCUGUCUGCAUGAAUUGCUUAUGCAGGAGAUUCGCUCUACCAACCACUGGAAGCGCCUGACACACAACAGAAGGCAGCCCUAUAAAUCAAAAGACUUGACUAUUAAUGAAGAAGAUGAGAAUACCUUUCAUAUGAAGCCAGCUCAACAGAAAGAGUAUUUAAAUGAAGCUCAAAAUUCAGGAAAUCCUCAUCGGCACAAAACCGCCAAUACAGACUUAAAAGACUGCCCUAGAAAGCGUCGUACCAGAUCUUUCGCUAGCAACAGGGAUCUCAAAGUGGUUAAGGGGAGUCAAAAGGGGGCAGUUCUCAACACUAUUGUUGAUGUGAAGAAAAAGCUAAGUUCUUUCAAAGGAGACAUGAAAAAUAUGAUGUGUGAUGAAGACAGGAACUGGCGGGUUUGUUCAUGUUGUGUAACGAGAAGCCUGUAUUUCACAUGGCAUAACGUCUGCUCUUUGUGUAGUAGGGUUAUAUGUCCUGGGUGUUGUGUAGAGAUGUGUGUACCCUCCAAAUGGUGUGUGAACCUUCCACUACGAUUUUUUAAGCAAAUUGUGAUGAAAGAUGGUGAGCAAAGCCAGAUAAAUUUUUGGACUGAACGCUGGUCUUGGGAUUCAGCCUGGAUCCCUCUGGUUUUGGUGUCUUGUACGCCUAGCUCAACAUCUGUUCAUAGUCUGGCUAUGCGAGACUGGUACAGUCAGGACAUUUGUGUGAGCUGUCAGAAGCUUUUAUCGGAGGCGUGUGACAGUGUACUGUCUAGUUAUCAAAUCAAAGACACUCAGGAGAUAUGACCAUUUUAAUUUCUCAGCACUUAUGUGUUUGUUCAGCUGCGUGUCAGCAGUGUUUUUUUAUGUUGUGUUGGUUGUUCAUAGUAUGGCACGCUGUUUCUAAAUGUUUUCAUUUUUCACUGUUCUGGAAACAAG